UGUGUUUCAGCAUGGCUCUUAGGCGUGGUCAAGGUACGUGUAAUGGUAUGUGGGCGUGUCGGGUAUGUUUCAUUUUUGUUAUUUUCAGAGAAUCAGAUGAGUUCUAAGUUGUUCUAACAUGGAGCAUAAAGGACAAAGAAGAAAGCAUAUGCUCAAAGAAAAUGAAGAGGGUCAAGCUGUAACAGAGCCUCAAACAGAUGAAAUUAGUGAUAGAAAUACUGUCCAAGAUCUUCCAAUUAAAGAUGCAGAUGACAAUGACGUCCCACUAAUGACUGAUACUGAUCAAAUCAUCACGUCUCAGUCUGGAUCAGAGGACAGUGAUUCAGAUGACACUGAUCAAGAAAGUGAUUCAGAUACCAAUCAAGAUGCUGAUAAAGAUGAGUUAGAUGACCCUCCACUUAAGACCAGUCUUUCCAAAACAACCAAACAACAAGAUAAUAAAGCAACCAAUCAGCUUCGCUACCGAAAUACCUCAAGCAAGAAACCCCAACAUAAAGAGUAUUUGGAUGAAUUCAGCAAAGAGUAUCCAAAAGAAGAGUCUAGCAAGAAGUUUGAUCCUCCUUCAACUAAAAGUUCUUCAUCAUGUUCAUGUCCAUUUAUUUUGGCAUUGCUAAUUCUGAUUGCUGUGCUUGCUUUCUUAUUGGGAUUUCUUGGUGGCUCCGUCUGGUCAAGCAAUAGAUGUCUGAGGUCUUGUAUAGUGGAAUUAAAUGAACAGAGAAUUGCCAUCGAGGAAGAAUGCAAGAACAAAUGUAAUGUAGAACUAAAAGGUUCUUUGAAAGAAAUGGAACUUGAAAUGAGACGCUUAGAAAAGGAAUUAAAUGCCUCAAAAGAAGAGAAUGAGAGGUUCCGUCAAUCAUCUAGAGAAUGUACCAAAGAUUGUGACAAAUGUAAGGAUCAAAAGUCAACAUGUCUUGCCGAUCUUUCAAAAAGCCAAGAGGAUGCCAAAAGGAAGAAAGAGGAUCUUGCAGCAUGUCAGUUAGAGAAGGAAUCAUGUGAAGGUGAAGUUUCUAAACUUCAGAAAGGGCUCAAAAAGAAGGAAGAAGAGCUAGAACAAUGCAAAGAGAAGAAGAAAAGAUGUGAAGAUGAUCUCGAAGCAUGCUUCAGCGAAACCAAGAAGAAGGAGAAGGAAUGCGAUGAGGAUAAGAAAGAAUGUGGUAAUAAACUUUCAAUUUGUCUUGUAGAAGUUGGAACAAUAAAAGUGAAACUGGAUGCAUGUAAAAAGGAAAAGAUAGAAUGUGAAAAUAAGCCUUGCGGCAGGAAAAGAAAGCGUUGUCGUCAUCGUCAUUAACUUUAGUUGCUAUACUAAGAGUUGAAAGGGAUUCCUUGUACACAACAAUAGUGAU